AUGGUGCGUAACAAUUCGAUCGAGCAUAAAAAGAAGAAACCAAAACUGGAAUCAUUGGCAAAGGAGAGCGAUGAAUCGACUUUAACACAAAAAUCAAAAGAAUUUGCAAAACAUGCCGAAAUAAGUAUAGGUCAUCCACUUCACAGCGCAAAAGCGACUAGCUUUUCCCCUCUGUCGUCAACGGAUACAUCAGUGCACGCUGACUCUCCAAUCCUAACUGCAACGCACCUUGGAAGUCAAAAAGUUUGUCAUUCGAAAAAUGAGAAGGAAAUGUUACAAACGUGUGUAAUAGAAAAAAGGGGCGAAUUUAAAGAUGAAAUUAAAAAUGAUAAAAAGACAAAUUUGGAUACGGAUGAAAGUUGUAAUGUAAAAACUUGUCCGAUGGAAGUAUAUAGUCGCGAAAUUUGUGGAACCCACCUCAAUACGUCCAUUAAGCAUGAUUCAGAAGAUAAAAUCAGUCCUAUGAUCAGUCCUAUAAAAUUGACAGAAAUGAUUAAUACCUCGAUUAAAGAAGCCAUGAAGACUAUCGUGAAACAAUGUAGAAUGGGAGAAGAACGGGAUCUUGAUAAAAAGUCGGAAAAAGAUCUCGUUGAAUCAGUAUCUCGCGUCAACAAAGAAGCAAUUCCAACAAAAGUCAAACAGCCACGUGUGACACGAAAACAGUUUAAUAACCAUUCGGGAAUCUCAAAACCUGGUACGAAUCUUGAAAAAUCACACGAAGGUGCUGCAAAACGUUACGGUAAAAGAGGGAACGCGUCGGAAAAAAUAAAAAAGAAAUAUUCAAAAUCACCGAACAAUGUAAAAACUGACAAUCGCAAAAUGACUGGAAAUGUGAAUAUUUAUAUCUGUUCGGAGGCUACCGAAAAUACCCAAGCAGCCAGUAAACAAGAAAAAUCUGAAACAUGUACCGAAUCGAGCUCAACAACAACGACAGAAGAAUCGAAAAUUUCAUCGAGCAAACUUUUGGCUUCCAUUCGAAAUAAACGCAGGAAAUUCGAGGAACGUGAUUCGUUCGAUCUGCCAGAAAGGGAAGAAAGUAACAACAGCAUUGCCUACAGUAAUCUUUCCAAGUACAUGGAUUCGAAGAGCGCAAUAAAAUCAGAAAGCAGCAACUUUAUCGAUAUCCGUAAUAACUUAGAUAACGAUGUUCGUAUAAAGAAUAUAGAAUCUACUUCGACCGAGUGCAAAUGUAAAGACACAAAUAUUAGCGAUACCAUCGUGACGAUUGAUAAGUCCGAUUUGUCGUUUGAAAAAUCGAAAUUUGUGAUAUGCGAUGCGUUAGAAAAACCCUUCGACUUCGGAAGAACGAAAACAAUUUAUCCUGUAAAAAGCUCAUCGCUUUCGGAAAGCGAAGAGUGGUCAUCAAAAUCGGCAUGCAGCAGUCGAAAUCUAGAUUGCGUUCUAUCUAACACUUGGUCAUUGGAGCCCAAUUUGAACCGUAUUGCCGAAAGUGAGAAACGUAGAGUGUCACUAAAAACUCUAGAAAGUGUCUGUAAAUGUCUUAAAAAAGAUCAAGAACUGAUCGAUAGGUAUAAUCUACGAUGUAACUGUAGAAAUAAAAAGUAUUCUAUUAAAACGGUAGAGAAAGAGCCAUUGAUCUGCAAUUGUAUAACAGAGGAGGAGGAAGAUGACGUAUGCGUUAAUGUUGCAACUUCUCGAGAAUUUGAAAAAUCAGCUGAAGCAGGAAAACAGCAAAUAACUACCUGUCGCAAAAUUUCAGCAGAUGUGAAAGAAUCUGCGAUGCUUGUUCCAAGCACAGAACAUUCUACAGAUUUGCACAGUUCCCCCAAACUGAACGAAAAAGAUACCAAGACUUUGGAACAAGAUAAAAACGAGGAGAAGCUUAAAAUAGAUAAAACAGAGAUAUCCGAUGAGGAUAAAAGCAGUGAGAAAAAGAAAGCUGAACAAUUUCAUGGCACGCAAGAAAUGGACCAACGACCGAAAGAGACUCGACAUAAUAUACCAAAGUUUGUUGCAUUUCCAAAAUUAGUGAGACCCGAAGUAAUCACGCUUAAACAUCUCUUGCAACUAAGAAAUCCUGAAAAAGCUAUCGAACACAAAGAUGUUUCACCGACUUCUGUCAAACCAUCGAAUUCCUUAGAACAAUCGGUACAGGAUACUAAGCUAAAAGUUAGGAGUCAAGUAUCGCCGAAGAUUUUAAGAAAAUUCAAUUUGCCCAAAGAAUCUACAUUUCCAGAACAACCAACUGUCGAGGAGAAACAACCCUCUUCGGAAGCAAAGGGAAAAGAGGUAUUAGACGAAAAAUCGUCCAAGGAAAAGUUGGCAGAGAAAGCAUUAGAAAGUAAAAACGAUACGAAAAAUCAAACUGCAAGAAAUUUACAAGGAAAAUUGAGAGGAUCGUUCCUCUUCAAAAGCUUCAAAAAAAUUACGGGUAAAGCAGAACAUUCGGAAACUAAGACUGAUGAAUUCAUGAAAAAGGAUAAUAAAAUCGCUGAACGUAUAUCGUCCGAUGCUGAUACCGAUAAAAAUCUUCAAAUUCCUAAAACAGAAGCUGAGAAGUUACCGGUGAAGCCUAAGAUCGAAAUUAAAGAAACGUACAAACAAAAUGGAAAAUUUAUUCCCUCUAAAAUGUAUUCACAUAUACCAAAAAUAAAUGAAAGUAAACCCGAAUCGGAUACAGUUAACCUAACGAAAUCGCCUACAAAUGAAGGGAAUAAGAAAGACAAGAAAAAUGACUCGAUUGUUAGCCCUUCAAAAUCAAUAGGAAAAGAAGUAGAACAAGAAGCAAAAGAUGAGACAAUUUCCGAUGACAGUGAAAAGAAGCAGACUAAAUCAAAAUCAUUGAUUAAUAUCGAUAGCAAAACUCCACCUGUUUCGUCGACUAAAGGCAUUGAUAGCGAAUUAUCGAAGCAAGAAAAUACCGAGAAAGAUGAAAAGCUAGACGAAUCUCGCAAAAUUGUUAAAAACCGCGAAUUUCACGAAUCACUGAAAAAGCCACAGUUUGAAAAGAAAUCGGAUAUCGAAGGAAAGAGGAAAUCUGCUUUGCAGAUUACCAAAACACGAAGAGAAACACCAGUUAAAAUAGCAUACGAUACACAUUGUGAACAAGCAAGUAUCGCGGUAGAUACCUAUUCUUCCAAAUUGAUCUCAUCGUCUCAUACUGUAUGUUCAAACUCGAAUUAUGCAAAAUGUGCAAGUGCAAACGACUGUAUUAGCAUGGAGAAAAACACGUGUAAUUAUUGUAAUUGUUGUUAUUUACCGAUACUUCAAUGCGACAACGAGCAUAUAAAUUACCCUAAAAGUUGCUUAAAAAUGGAAAGACAAUGCUGUCAUACCGUUUCUCAAGAAAAUAAUCGUCCGAUUCUAUAUCACGAUAAAAGGAAUUGGGAAGAAUGUGGUUGCAGAAGAAUAAUUUCUUGCAACACUUGUUGCAAAGCAAGAAACGAUUGCAGGUAA